CUCUCGUCGUUCUCGUCGCGACAGAUCGCGAAAUCGGCGACGAACGAACAGUGCCGCGCGAAAUCACGAUUCGACAGAUCCCCGGCACGCGUUCCCCGAUCGCGGAAUCGGUCGCGAAACGCGCGUUUACCCACCUCGCAGCGUCGCGCUCACGACACGCAACAUUCUUCUUUUCGGUUCGCGCAGUUCCAUCCGAUCCGGCGUGCGACGUGACGUGACGUCACGUCACUGACGUGACCAGCUGUUUUGUGCCGUCGUCCCUUUCUCCCCCACUGGGCUGCCCGAAACCGGCCACUCGAAAGAUGCUCCGAAUUGGAUUAAAAUUUCCGUGCAACGGUCUAACUCGGAUCAAGAAACACGGCUGCUCCAGAUUGCAAUUGACGGCCAGGUAUCAUGAGCGAACGCGCGUCAAAUACGAACCGGACGGGAGAUUGCGCAAGGAUGUCAGACUUAUGUCCAGGUUUGCUGGACCCAAGUCCUAUUCGACCACACCGCCAAAAAGUGAGAAGAGUCGAGGAUCAGGAACGCUGAUAACUUUAGGAGCUGUAACAAUAGGUACCUUAGGAAUAUUAACGUAUGUAAAGCAAAAUCCAGAAACUCGAGCUACUCUUGAAGGAUGGAUUCCUGGCACGGACAAAACUAUUCGGAUUAUUUUUCAAGAAGAUUCCAACUACUUCGACUUUGUACUUACAUUCUUCAAAACAUUGAAACAGACAAUACUGGACUUGUUCAUCCAGGAAACAUCAAAACCAGAACCAGCACCCAAGCCAGUUUUUAAACCAUUGGUCGAGAAGAAAGAAGCGCCUAUUAACGAGAACUAUGCCGAAAUUCGUGUUAGUAAAGAGAAGGGUGAAAAAGUAGACGUUGUGGUUGAAAAACCAACACCCCCUUCCAAAAAUGUACCCAAAGAGUUGAUGCCGCAAAAUCUUGUCGAAUUAGAAACGUACUGCGGCGAAGCAGCUACUAAAGCUAUCGCGGCUUAUCAUAAGGCGGUGGACGCACUUAAAAAUUACAAUCAGGAUGUUGUCAAAGUGAUCGAGAGUACUGGCAGUACAAUAAGCGGAAACGUUUGGCAAAGGUGAUCAUCAGGCAACGGAAAAAGGAAAGAGCUGGUACAGCAAGCAGAGGAGCACGCGAAAGACGCGUUAAAUUCGCUCAAGCGCAUGUACAAUUUAAUUGAUGAAUCCGUGCUCGAAGCACCCGCACACAUGAAAACAGCCGCGAGGCGAAACGUUAGAAAAAUUAUGGACGAUGUGGACGAGGCGAAAAAGAAAUACACCGAAGAGCUGCAGAAUAGUAAUCUUGCCGAGCGUUACUGGCAGCAAAUUAAAACGGCGCGGGAAGAUUUUAACGAAGAAUUGCAAAUUCUGUUCCCCAAUAUAAAUAUUCAUGACAAGAAAUUAUCUGUCAGCGAAGGAGCCUUCGAUUUAUUCGUUUUACAUAUGUAUCAUAAAGUUAACAACUUGCAGAAGGAGCUGGAGAAGCUAAGGACAGUCAGCGAAACUAAAGUGAAAGCGGCAUUGAGAGCGGCGGGUGAAGAUGCGACUCAAGAAAAGUUGGAUGCGUUGAUCGUUCUCGCAGUCGAGCAGGAGAGACUCGAGCUCGAAGACAAACACGCGAAAAAGCUGCUGGCGGAGCAGAAGAAACUGGACGACGAGAUGCGGCGGCAGCUGAAAUUGCAGUCGGAGAUACACGCCGAUCAUCUUCGAGAGGCACUUUCGGUCAAAGAGCAGGAAACGCAAAGGUUGCUGCAGCGUACUCUCACCGAGCAGGCCGACGCCGACUCCAUAAAGCACAAGACACAGCUCGCGGCGAUGACGGGAAGGUUACGCGCCCUCACAGUGGCUCUUAAAGCACGGAUGGAGGAGGAAAAAGGUGCAUCGAAUGCGCAGAUCCUUUGGUCGGCCUGUCAAGCCUUGGCUAGAGCAGUGAAAACCACGUCACCGGAUGUGACGAUCAGACCGCUGGAUCAUGAAAUUAAGGCCGUCUCCAAGGCAGCACCGAAGGAAGAUCCUUUGGUGAGCGCAGCUAUCCGGAGUAUUCCCGAAGAGGCGGCCAAGAGAGGAGUAUUCCCGGAGGACGCCCUACGCGAGAGAUUCCUCAAGGUAGAGAACGUGGCGAGGAGGUUGGCCAUGGUGCCCGAGGAAGGUGCAGCUUUGCCUAUAUAUCUUCUUAGCUAUCUUCAAAGUUUCCUGAUCAUCAAAACAGCCAAUCCAAUCCCGAAGAAGGAGCUGGAGGACGAGCCAAUCGAUGUAAACUCUUUGAAUACGUACGACAUACUUCAACGUGCCAGAUAUUGGUUGGACCGCGGCGAUUUCAAGAUGACCCUGCGAUACAUGAAUCUGCUGAAGGGCGCGCCCAGAAGCAUCGCCAGGGACUGGAUGAACGAGACGAGGAUCCUGCUGGAGACGCAGCAGGCGAUCGACACCCUGCUGGCGUACGCAGGUGCGACCGGCCUCGUAUAUCUCGGCGCUGGAGAUCCGCCCAAGCAGAAGUAAAACGGACAGAAAAUCGCAGAGGAGACUGUCUCGAGCCACACACGAGGGAAUGUCCGUGGAAGAACCUGGGGUGAGGGUGACAGAGGAGAAUAGGGAGAGACAGAUCGCACCGACGACGAGAACCGAAGGGAAAAACGAGAAAAGGAGGAACGCCGAGAGAAAUCGCUGCCAGCCUUGUAUAGUUACAACAAUGUCUUUUCUAGCAAUUAAAAGAUAUAUAGGAAUAUAUUGUGUGCCGGGAGAGGCAAUACACACAAUACAGUGCUUUUCUUUGCCAGUCCUCGAGGAGACCACCCAUAUCCUCAUACGCGAUCUUUGAACGGAAAUAUAUACUCUCGCGCUCAAAUUUUAUAUGUAUUAACGGUGCGCUUUUUUAAACAUUUUUUUUAAAUAUCUGUCAGGGUGUGCAGAAAUUUCGGGCGAGUUUGAAUGGGACAGUGAUAUGAAAUAAUUUAUUCGAUAAAUAUUUUUUUCGAUUACAUAACAAAAUUCAGUUUCUUUAUAUUGCAGCUUUUUAUAUAGAGGGAAACUGAGAAAUAUAAAAAUCGGUAAAAAAAUUAAAUUAAUUUAAUUUUUACUUGUAUAUACAUAUAUCACUGUUCCGUCCAACAGCGAAUCGUGUGUGACCGGGAGAAGGUGAGUACACAAAAGUUACCUUACAUACAUGCAGUGUAAAUAUCGGAGGCGGUGUAAGAAAGCAUUUAAGCGCGUCCCACGUUUAUUGCAGCGUGAAGAAAAGAUGCAAGGUUCAAAAUAUUAUCAUAUUUGUGUUCAGUGCACGCAUUCGUUCGGAAUUGCGUCGUGCCUGCAACUUCGAUAAUCACGUUCGACGGCUUGUUGAGCCGAGCUCUUCUCAUCCUGAUCCAUCCAUCCAUCCAUCUGCCCACCCAUCUAUCCAGCCAUCCAUCCAUCUCGAUAGUACCUUUUACUUUAUAACCGGAUAUUACUCUCCCGAACUCCCGAAUCACAUCGAUCGGUGUCACGUGCCGUUACCUCGACUUUCGCUUCUCCCAUACGAAACCUUCGCGAUUUCGGACGGGGAAGCGUGCUAGGAAUUAUUGUAAAAAUUGGAAAAUAAAGUUGUUUCGUGACGUAACGAA